CUGUGUAGCUAAGUAAACUUCUAUGUUCUAAUUUGUCACUCAUAGUUUAAUGUUCAUACAGAUUAUACAGAUACUUCUUCGACAUCGGGAAGACAAGUUUUUGGUAAAUUUGUGAUUAAUUCAGUAUCACAAAAUUUUAGAAUCUUUACUUAUUGUUGUAGUUUAGAUAGACAUCACAAUCACAUGAAGAAAUUUAGGCAAUGGCAUCACCCCAAAAUAUUUCGGUGGAACAAAUGAGAGUUAUUCUCGAUGAGAUAGUUAACACUUUGGAAUCGCCUGAGUACUCAUCCAAGUUGGAUGAAGCGAAAGAAGCUGCUGGAAAUGAAAUGUUAAAAAUGAUGCAACUAGUUUUUCCAAUGGUAGUACAAAUAAAAAUGGAAACUAUCAAGCGUCAUGGAUUCAAUAGUUCUAGGGAAGGUAUAGUACAAUUCACUCAAAUGGUGCGUGAGUUGGAGAGUGUUGACAGUGAAGUUGCCCGUCUCCACAGUCUUAUUCGUAAUCAUUACCUGCCGCCAGUUUCAAUUAGCUCUACUGUAGACACAUCAUUAUAAGCUAAACUUGAAAUAUCUUACAAUGAGAAGAAAACGCUAUUACCAGUUGUGUGUGUGUUCAUGUGUAUUGAUAUACAUUUACUACUUUUUUGGUGUUAGUGACUAUAUAUUUAGCAGAAGCUAUGUAAACAAUUUUGAUUAUCCAC